UUCUUAUCGCAGCAGUCUACGGAGAGCUAUGUUAGUUUUUUCUAGGUAUCUCGUAUCAUACCUCGGAGCGAUUUUUGCCGUGAGAAACGUAGUAUUUGAUAUCGACGUUAUCGAAAAUUAAAUACCAAACAUUUAUAAUUCCUCAGAUAGCAGCGCGCAGAUAUUACAACCCACCAAACGCGGUAUUAACUAAACAUUGGUAUAGACAAAUUCCAUGGUAUCGCAAUGUCGGUAUUUACAUUGUAUAGUAUUCCUAUGUACACAAAAUAUCAUCAAUGUAUGUUUUCACUACAUUGAAAAGACGAAUCACGCGAAUGAGGCUAUUUUACAGCUACACAGAAUAUAAAUGAAAGUCUUGUGAUCAUCAUUCGACUAAACCAAGUCGUGUAUUCCAAAGUAUAUAUCACAAAUAGGCAUGACUUCGGCGUUUCACAAAAGCAGCCAUGGCCUUACAUUUUGAACGCUGAAUACGUAACACUCAACUCCCAAAGGGAAUGGACUUCGAGGAUAUGAAUUCCUAAUCUGCUUAAAGGUCACAGCUCGGUAGUCAGAUGGAUCAGUAAAUUUCAGUCAUUAAAAUUUAUUUGUAUAUACAAAUAGCAGUAUGAAGGCUGUAUCAAUAAUAAUAAUAUUAAAUGCUAGAUGCGCAUAGGCAAUCUUUACAUUCAGUCCUCGUUUUUCUGACUUUCGUUGGUGGAUAACCGACAUUUUUUCGUUCAGGAACUCCACUUUUCUUUCCGUCUCUCUUUGCUUUCUUUUUCUGAAAUUCUGCUUUCGCCCUUUUCCUGUUCUUCUUCGCCAUGCCAAGCAAGGAUGACACAAAACAGCAAGUGCGUGGCGAUGGUGUCAAAUCACCAGGUUCCAGCACUGGAAAAAGAAAGAAAAAGGUCUUGGUGAAGAAAAAGAAGAGUCCUAGUAAAACUCAUAUCUCCGAUACUAGCGAUCCGAUUAGGACUAAAGUGUCUAAGACUGAGCCGGUCCGGACGGUUGUUUCUCACCCGGGUGGUGGGGAAUAUUACGUUGAAGAAAGCGACGACUCGCAAGCAGCAGCUGGACCAAGCUAUGGAUCACAGAAAGAUUCUAGUGGACAGUAUUUUGUGACUCAGCAACCAUCGAGUGACGAAGGAGAAUCAUAUUAUUAUCCUUCUGAACCACAAUCGUAUCAAUUUGGUGGUGAUCAGAGAGGGGGAUACGAAUAUGGCGGUGGAGGUGGUGGAGGAGUUGAAAUUGUGUCUGUUGCUGAUGAUGAGGAAUCUAUUUACACCGACGCUACGGAGGUUCUUUUCCUUAUGCAUUGUACAUAUCUUCAUUUGUACACUCCACAACAAUUUAUAAGUUUACCUCAUAUUAUUCGAUCAAACAUUCGUCACAAUACAGAAACAGUCGCUUCAAGCAUGACUUGUGGCUCACUCUUUUUGUUUUACAUUUACAUUAUUAAUACUUAAAGUAUGAAUUGCUUUCAGCAUUAUUGCUUUUGGUCAUACUGUAUAUUGAUUUUAGCAAAAUUCAUAUUGGAAUCAGACUUCAAGCAUAUAUUUAAGAAAUGUCACCAUGAAUGACUCUUUUCUGGAAAAUACGUGCCUUGUGAAUCUUGCUUUGUAAGGAUUUUUAGUGUCAACGGCUCACAUCCUUUAUUCUCCAAUUAC